CAUCAAGAACACUUCACUCUUUCGGAGCCUGCUCGCGAUUAAGCAUCCAGCCUUGCGAUUUAACUUCGGAAAUUGUCUUUGACUACUAGGAAGCCAACCACGCGGCGCUGCAACGUCAUGUCUUCCUCAGCUGCUCAUAUCAAGAAACGCUUGGUGCUUUGCUGUGAUGGAACGUGGAUGGAUAGUGACGAUGGAUACAACAAGCCUACCUUAAUUCCCUACGUUCCAACAGGAACGCUUCAAAUUCCAUCCAACGUCACACGCAUCUCCCGCGGCCUCAAGAAGGCUGGCCUCGAUGGUUCACCUCAGAUCAUCUAUUAUCAUUCUGGAGUCGGAACGGGACCGGGAUUUGUGGAUGCUAUUGGGGGUGGCCUUCUCGGAACCGGCAUCUCUGAGAACAUCCGUGAAGUCUAUAGCUUCGUAGCAGCCAAUUAUACUCCUGGAGACGAUAUCAUCCUCAUUGGCUUUAGUCGAGGAGCCUUCACUGCUAGAAGUGUUGCAGCAAUGAUAGGUUCCAUGGGUCUUCUAACACGAACUGGCAUGAGUUCCUUUUAUCCCAUCUUCAAGGAUUAUGAAAAUUUCUUGAAUCCUCAUUACAAUGAUAUUUUCCCAACCAUCCCCUUUCCGAACAAGCCUAAAGGGUCUGGCGCAGCCCAUGACUACAAGAGAAGACUUGAGGCAGAAGAACUAACUCGAGUCUACGAUCCGGAUGGAACCAAAAUUCGCGUUCAAUCUGUAGCCGUCUGGGAUACGGUUGGCUCUCUGGGUAUUCCUCAAGUUUCCUGGCUUGCCAGAAUGGGCCUACCCCACUCUACCAAGGAGUACAGGUUCAACGACACGAAUCUCGAUGGGACCAUUCGGCACGCAUUUCAAGCAUUGGCUCUUGACGAGCACAGAAAUCCAUUCAGUCCUGCUGUCUGGGAGAGGAUGGAUAUGCGCAAGUGUACCGUCGAUUUGCGGCAAGUUUGGUUCCCCGGAGCACACUCGAAUGUAGGAGGCGGUUAUGACGAUCAAGAGAUUGCCAAUAUCUCUUUGGCCUGGAUGAUGGAUCAGCUCGCAUCAAUCGGGGUCGCGUUCCAGUCUGAUUAUAUCGACCAGAUUUUUGCUGACAGCAUCCGAUACUACUACAAUCCAAGGAAGCUACCGGCAAGAGUUUCAAACAUUUUCGCUCGUCCAGUCACGAAACAGUGGGCUAUCGAACCCGUCUUCGAGAAACAUAAGCCGGUCCGACCUUGGGGACUCGGUGAGAUCUAUGAAUCUGAGAUAGGCUUUUACAAAAUCUCGGGCAAACGAAUCCGCACUCCAGGAAUGAAUUGCCGUGCAGAUCCGCAAACUGGCAUACCAACGGACGAAUGGAUGACCAAUACAAAUGAGCGUAUCCAUCGCUGCGUUCGUGUCCGCCUGGAACUCGAGGGCCUCGAUCUCGAUGACCGUGGCAUUUACAAGGCUACUGCCCUUCAGCGAAAGGGUAUGUGGCGUCUUGCUCAAACUAGAACCAAAAUUGAUGAUCCAAUCCCAUGGGAUGCGAGUUGGGGACCCGGCGCGCCUGCUCCAGCGGGUGCACCAGAAGAACGUCGCUGGGUGUGGGAAUACGAUGGCCCCGAUGAAGAGGCACCCCCUGAACGAACCAUGGUUGAGGAACCCCUCGGCCCCUACGAGAGAAAGUUGAUCCUGCUUAACAAAGGUGAGCUCACGACCUUGACACAUUGAGAAGGGCCGACCGCUGGCCAAGUUGUGAAGGAGUGGGACUGAAGCCUUGCCGCUGGCUCUGGCACAGCUACAGCACGCUUGAUCUUC